AUGUCCGACAGUGAGGACACUGACGGCUCGGGAGUGGUGGAAUGGCCGGUGAGCAAAGAAUGGCUGGAGAACAUCCUUAAGAUUUAUCAUAGCAGUGGAACUGAGGGAGGAGAGGGGGAAAGCCCCAAGGUCACCGUCGAGGACUUCGAAGUCAGCCCCGGGUGCGUCUCCGGCGAGAGCGUACUCAGUGACAUCCUCGCUGUGGCUGUAGACUACACCCUAGACGGGGAGGAGGUCAAGCUUAAGGUUAUUGUUAAAUUGCUGCCCCAGGAUCCGUUCAGUAGGUUUUUUGUCACUGAGGCUCAGUUCGAUCUCAGGGAGAUUAAGUUUUAUACGCAGGUAGUUCCAGACUUGAAAGCGUUCCAGGAGAAGCAAUUGUCAGCCUCCAGCCUUCCAGGCUUCGAGCUGCCAAUCCCGUCGUGCAUACACGCCCACUACAAGCCAGCAGGAGGAACAGAGGAGACUCCAGAACCUCCCGAAUCAUUCCUGAUCCUGGAGAACCUGCGACCUCGCGGCUACGAAGGCGCAGAAUUCUCCCGAGGGUUGACUUUACGACAAGCAGAGGCCGCUCUGAGCGCGAUCGCGCGGCUCCACGCCCUCUCGCUCUGCCUGAAGGUCAAGGAGGGGCGGCCGCUCAGCGAGAAGUACCAGUUCCUGUUCCAGACCGCCAGAGCCACGGAUUCCUACCAACAAUUGGUGGAACGCGGUCUGCCUCAACUGGCGCGGUUCCUGGAACGCCGGCCCGGUUCCGAGGCCGUUCUGGAGGCGCUGCUGGCCUUGAGACCCAAGACCAAGGAGAUAAUAGCCUCCCUCCUCGCUCCGGAGGAUCCUCUGGCCCUCAUCACGCACACGGACUUCUGGUGCAACAAUUUGCUGUUUAAGGACCUCGACGACGAGUGCAAGUGCGCCAUCUUGGACUGGCAAAUGGUCACCUACAGCCGCCCCACCAACGACAUCGCCCUCUUAUUAGUCAGUUCCGUUCCCACCGAGCUUAGGCGUCUCCACACCGCGGCGCUGCUUGACAAGUAUUGGCAGACGCUUCUAGAAAGUUCUCUGCCUCUUGGCGUCGAUGUUCCGGAGGAUCUCAAGUACUCCCGGGAGGAUCUUGAUAAAGACUACAGAAGGUCACAGCUUCUAGCACUGCUUCUUUGUAUUGGAUCGGUAGAUGUCGCUCUAGGCGACCCGCUUACCGAACAGAGACUUAUCGACCUUCUAGAAGACUUACAUACCGACGGAGUGCUCAGUCUUGAGACUGCCAAUGUCGCGUAA